ACGCGGGCGGCGCGGGCCAGCCUGUUGGUGCUGAUGGUGCUGCACUCGCCGUCGCUGCUCGCCUCCUGGCAGCGCAACGAGCUGGCCGACCGACGCUUCCUGCAGCUCAAUAAGUGCCCGGCGUGCUUUGGCACGAGCUGGUGCCGCCGCUUCCUCAACGGGCAGGUGGUGUUCGAGGCGUGGGGCCGCCUGCGCCUGCUGGACUUCCUCAACGUGAAGAACGUCUACUUCGCGCAGUACGGCGAGCCCCGCGAGGGCGGCCGCCGCCGAGUGGUGCUCAAGCGCCUCGGCUCGCAGCGCGAGCUGGCGCAGCUCGACCAGAGCAUCUGCAAGCGGGCCACCGGCCGACCCCGCUGCGACCUGCUCCAGGCCAUGCCCCGGACCGAGUUCGCGCGCCUCAACGGCGACGUGCGCCUGCUCACGCCCGAGGCUGUAGAGGGCUGGUCGGACCUGGUGCACUGCCCCUCGCAGCGCCUGCUGGACCGCCUGGUGCGCCGCUACGCCGAGACCAAGGACUCGGGCAGCUUCCUGCUCCGCAACCUCAAGGACUCGGAGCGCAUGCAGCUUCUGCUGACCCUGGCCUUCAACCCCGAGCCGCUGGUGCUACAGAGUUUUCCAUCUGAUGAAGGUUGGCCAUUUGCAAAAUAUCUUGGAGCUUGUGGAAGAAUGGUGGCUGUAAAUUAUGUUGGAGAAGAACUGUGGAGUUACUUCCAUGCACCAUGGGAGAAGCGAGUUGACCUCGCUUGGCAAUUAAUGGAAAUAGCAGAGCAGCUUACAAACAACGACUUUGAGUUUGCACUCUACCUCCUGGACGUCAGCUUUGACAAUUUCGCAGUCGGUCCUAGAGAUGGGAAGGUCAUCAUCGUGGAUGCUGAAAACGUUUUGGUUGCUGACAAAAGAUUAAUCAGACAAAAUAAACCUGAAAAUUGGGAUGUAUGGUAUGAAAGUAAAUUUGAUGACUGUGAUAAGGAGGCUUGCUUAUCGUUUUCAAAAGAAAUUCUUUGUGCUCGUGCCACUGUGGACCACAAUUACUAUGCUGUUUGUCAGAACCUCUUAUCCAGACAUGCCACCUGGCGUGGCACUUCUGGCGGACUCCUUCAUGACCCACCAAGUGAAAUUGCCAAAGAUGGCCGCCUGGAGGCCUUGCUGGAUGAGUGUGCCAACCCAAAGAAGCGCUAUGGCAGAUUCCAGGCUGCAAAAGAACUGCGCGAAUAUCUAGCACAAUUAAGUAACAAUGUGAGGUAGUCUAUGGAGAACCUUUUCCUUUUCUCCAUUUCAAUAGCACUGGCUAAACUAAACCACCAAAAACUAUCUGGAAAAACGAAAUCGGAAAGUAUUACAUUCAGAGGAUAAUAAACUUGCACUGAUAGGUUUUACAUUAACAUCCGUCAAAAUAAGACACUGCUUCAAAAAUCACAUGACGCUUCUGCAAAUAAGUAUGUUCUUAUACUUUGGAGACUUGAGAUACCAUUGACUGCUUGGCCCCCUGUCCCUGAAUGCCUGAGUGGAUUAAGGAAUCUUGUUAAGCUGUUGGAAUUGAGUCUGGUAGUUACAUUGGCUGUGUAUCAAACGGUACUUGGUACUUAGUUUGCAUUACUAUCAUGAUUUUGUGAAUCUCUUGCAUUUUCUUUGAAUGUUAAGUUAGAUCGGCCUGUUUUAUAGGCCAUUUUUUUCCUUCUGAUGUGUAGGGUGUUUUUCCAUUUUUAUGGUUUUUAUUAAAUUUUACACGUUCAGGUUACUGUAGGUGUUCAUUUAAAUUUUGACUAGUUUUUAUUCAUUGCUAUGCGGUACAUAAAUUUAAUGUUAGGGCAGGGUUCCCAAGUUUACUCAUUUUUUCAGAAAGCUGAAUAUUUUAUUAUGUAAAUACUUUCUCCCCACUGUCUGUGAGUUCACCAUUGCAUGAUAUCAUUUCCAGUUACUUAACGGUUACAUCCUUCUAUGCCAAUAAUUAUAAGUGUACACUAAACAUGAAGUUUGGCAUACGUUGCAAAGUGUCAUUUUGCCCUUUACUAAAGGCUUUAAGAAGAGUAUACUAGCCGUCUAUACCUUGAUAAUUUUGAUUUAGAAAAAAAUACAAUUCAGUAUUUUUUAAAAUGCUCACUAGUCCAAGAUAGUAAUGCAUAUGCCAAAGAAAUACUAAACCUAGUUCCAUGUUUAGAAGUUAAAAUAGAAUUGGUCACCUACUUAUUCUACUAUCCCACUACCAGUAUUUUAGCUCUGUCAUCAUUAAAUUCAGACUUAACUGGUUAUUCUUUAAUAUCAAAAAUUAGGCUACUGCUUCAAAAAUAUGUGACUUAAACAUCAUACCUUUUAUUCAUUGGUAGUUUUGGAAAAUUAAUGUGGUAGUCAUUGUUAGCAUUAAUUAGGCAUCAUCAACCUUUUUUUAUUGAUGGACUAAUAAUUUUUACUGUAGAGCAGAUAUUUUAGCCACAGUGCCCACCUCAGUCUUCUUUACCUAGCAUCAAAACAUCAAAUGUAGGGGCUGGCACCAUACCCUGGUAGAGAGAGCUGGAUCGCACGGCUGAUUGCAGUUCACGUUCUAGUCCAGUGUCUUGGAAAACAUGCUGGGCACAUGCACAUACGUGCCCCAAACCCGAACAGGUUGGAGAAAUGGCAGAGAAAGGGACUGCAAUGUGACCAUGCUCUGUCAGGUACUUUCUUCUGCUCUCUUUCUCUCUCUGGUGAGCAUGUGCACCCUCUGACAAAAAGAAAAACACAUAAUUUAAGUUAUGAGGAUAAAAAUGAACAAUGAUGUGGAAUUAGUGGGCUAUUUCAAAGAAUAUUACAGUUUAUAAGUUGAAUCUCACUAACAUAGGUCAUAUUUUUCUGUUGAAGUUACUUUGUUUACAGCAAAAUUUGGUGUACUGUGCAGUGCUUAGUUUGAGAUUGACCUUAUUCUUAAUCAGAAAGUGAUUAGAAUAUGCACAACCAAAGCCAAGUUUUCUUUUUCACUCAUUCAGCAACUAUUUAUUGAGCAACUCUGUGCCAGGCACAUGACUAGCUGCUACACUGUCUAAGUAUGACAUACGGUUAAGUAACUUUACGAUUAUCAAUACUGUAAUGCAGGUAUUUUUUUAGGUUGAAAUAGUAUUAAUCAAAUUAGGAUGAUGCUUUCAUGUUAUUUUACUGUCGUGAUGGAAAUUCUAGUUUUGUCAUCUAAAACUAUGUUUCUAUGAAAAGAGGAGGAUGAAGACCAAGUUAAUCCCAGUUUAAAAACUGGAGAAGAAGAGGGUACAUGCUCUUCAUUAUAAAGUAUAUUAAUUAUAUUAUGUUAAUUUUUAUACAUCAGUACAUUGCAUAUAUCAACUAGCCCUCAAUGAAACAUUUAAGUGCUGGAAAUUUUACUGAGCUGACUUUUUACAACUUUGGAAACUUUUUGAGGGAGUACUUAAAAUGACUUGCCCAACGUUUGCCUCUUACUCAAAACUUCAAAUAAAAUACACAUUUUCAAAACCGAGCACCUUUUAUACUUGGUAAGUAUUCAUUGCAAACUUUAAAAUGCCAGUCAGAGAGAUGUUGUCUGUCUGUGGUUUAGCAAACAUUUGUCUUAUGUUUUGAAAUAGAGAUUGUGAUUGCAGAACAGGAAGUGAGAAAACACUGCCAGCAGUGAUUGCUACUGGAGGUGGGGUUUUUUUUGUUUUGUUUUGUUUUUUAUAACUACCAUUUCCCCCCAUGAGAUUAUGUGGAGUUUCUUUUAUCUUUGGAAAAGGUUGAAGAGAAGCUAGUACAAGAAUUAGAAAUUUAAAAUUACAGGGAAAAAUAUGUAUGUGAAAAGCAAUAAAUAUUUUGUUCACUUUGCUAUCAAGAUGUUCACUAUCAGAUAUUUAUUAUACAGCAGCAAUUUAUAUUUUUAAUCAUUGCCCAUUAAUAGACGCAGUAAAAUAUUUUUGAAUCAGACAUUUGGGAUUUGUAUGUGCAUUAAAAUUGUCUUUUGUACUGUAAGUUACUGUUUAAUUUGAAUAUUUUAUCAGAAUUGUCUCCCUGUGCCUUUAUAAUAUAAAGUUGUUUCUACAACUUUUACUGAUCUUAAUAAAGAAUACUUUAAGAAUCACA